ACCUUUAAAGGCCACCACUCUGCGUUCCACAAGCGGCUGGAACGCCAUGUCCGCGCAUGCGCAGUGUGCCAAUCAGUGUCCGUGCGGAAGGAGGAACUGAGCAGUUUCACUAAAAUAAACAUCCACCUCUGUCACAUCACAGCUGAGGAGCAGCAAGACAAAGAGAAAGACUUUGAAUCAUGUCUUCACACGAUGACUGGGAGACUAAACUCGAAAUCAGGGCGUGUAGUUUUGACGCCAGUCCAGCAGGGGGCGACAAACACAGAGACUGCAGCUCCCCUAAUGACUCCACUGGCAAAAGUGAGACAUCUACAGAAAUCUUUGGCACCGAUCCUUUAAGAACCCUGGGAGAAAUCCUUGCUUACUGUCAGGUUAUGUACGAGGCCAUUCAGAAGCUGGAUGAGAAGUUCGAGCUGCUGCAAGCGAGAGUGACGCACAUUCAGGAAGAUCAGAUCCACGUUGAGGAGGAUCAGUCAGAGAUUUACACACUGGAUGAUCCAGAAACCAACCAGAUAAAUGACGAAUCAGCUGAAACGGCCUACCAUGUCGUCCAUUACCAAGGUCCUCCCUCGGUUCCUCCAUCUCCUGAAGGUUCAAGAACCCUAAACCUUGUUACCUCAGAAAAACCCACGCACCCCUCACCGGCCCCUCAGAACAAGCCCCAACAGUCAGAUUCGACCUCCACACCAUGUCGAACUGUGAGAGAAAUGCUCUUACAGCAGCGGAACGUUCCAGAAGAUCAUGCCGACACCAACGCUGGACACGCAACAUCUCCGCAAACCAUGACGGAAAUCUUACAGCAGUGCCGCAAAAGUCCUGAUCCUCAAACACACAAUGCAGCCAUGGCAAGCAGCAAGUUCAUCAUCCCAAGCACCAUGUUGAUGAUGGCCAGUGCGAUGACGAGGCCGACGGCAGCCGCUCGCUUCCUCAUGCGCAGCCUCUUCUCCCGUCAGGAGCUGCUGCAUGGGAGCAUUAGAGGAUACACGGCUAAAGGAUUAAAAAAACUCAAUCCAGAUAAAAUCAGCGCCAUACGAGAGUGGGCACAGAUGACAUACCCGGAGCACGACCUGCAUGAGAAAGGUAAAGACUGGAAGGCCUGUCUGGCUGUGAUGAAUGAAGGAGCUAGACACGUUCGACUGAAGGACAGAAAGCGUAAGUUAAAAGCAGUGAGAGAUGUGAGUGAACAAGUGGCAUCAGUCCAAGAAUUCAAACCCGAACCCACUGCUGAGAUCGACGUCGAGCUCUCAGACGGUGACAGCAAUGACCCACAGCAGACGCCAGCGCUUAAAAACAAACUCAAGAGAGAGUCUGAUGAUGAGCCACUGUCGGAACAUGAAUAUGAGCCGAGUGCUCAGGUGCAUCUGGGCCAUCCGGAUCGGGAUGUGAAGGUGCCUCAGUUUGCGAUGUACUCCGCGUUAGAGAGGCCGAAUCCUCCACUCGUCGCUCGUCACCUCAUCAGGUUCAUCUUCCCGGAGGAAGUGCUGGUGCAGAGCAACGUGUACGGCAAUGCCAAGUACGGCAUCCUUCCACUGGACCACAACAAGAUCUCAGCACUCAGGGAGUAUCUGUGCGAGCGUUUCCCCUACAUGAAGCUGGAUGAGGACGGACCCAACUGGAAGGAGUGUGUUUACGCCAUCAACGGUGCCAUCCGGAAAACCAGACACACACUGAAGAAAUGUCACAAACAGGCACGAGAAGGAACCCUGAUGACAUCAUGACUACAACUAAUUGCCUCAUCACUUUGGGACUUGUGGAGGAGUGGCUUUUCUUUUUUGUUUCGUUUUUUGUAAAGACAACAUGCAUAAAAAUUCAGUGUACAUGUUAAUUUAAUUUAAUUUGCUUGCAAAUAGGGACAGUUCCAACUUGAAAGUAAUUGUUAAUAAAACGAACCUUUAUUCAAAUGUUCUAUUUAGACAGAAACAGAUCGGCUAUAUCCUGAUAAAGUGCGAAACGAGCAUUAAUCAUACACUAACAAAGAGCUAACAUCCCACAGCGUGUCCUGAAGUCAGAUGAUCUUGGACACGAGACGAUGCCUUGUGUACUUUAAUCUUUAUAACUGAAAGAUACGAAAAUACAAAUGGACUGUCUUUUUUUUUUUUUUUUAAACUAUCAGACUGUUGUUGUGGUUACAUCUCACUGCUAGUCAGCUUGAAUUAUACUAUUUAAACCUACUGAAGCCUAAAAUUAUUCCAUUUCUGUGUAAUUUAAUUAACCAGUGUUUGCAACCUUUUCAAUACGAUGGUCAAAAUUUGCUUUCAAGUGGCAGAUGCUUACGUUUUGCUCACAACAUUAAACUGUAGUGCACAAUGUAGGGUAUACAACACGAUUAGGCUGUGUAAUGGUAGAUCAUUGUAAAAUAAAAGAUUUCACUCAAUGUAA